AGAAGAACGAUACUAUCGAUCCUGUGAAAAAAAAGUACAAGCCGCCGCUGCCAGACGCCAGAGAACCGCCGAACUGGGACCCCCUGCCCAUCCACAACGCGACCGAGCGCGGUCAUGCAAACCUUCCUGCAGGCGUUAACAAGGAAAGCCCAAUUGAUCUCUUCAAGCUAUUCUUUACCGAUAAUAAAGUGGAUGAGCUUUGUGUUUACACGAAUCGCAAUGCCGAGAUUGCUCGAGCAGCGGCUAAAGAGACGGAGCUGCACCGGCGUCGGCCGUGGCAUCCAGUUAAUAGGGAGGAGAUGUAUGCGUAUUUUGCUACGCUUAUACAUAUGGGGAUACACCAAGAACCACGCGUUAGCGACUACUGGAGGACUAGCGAGCGUUUUGGCAUUAAACACCGCGUAGGAGAGUUUAUUGGACGCGUUAGGUUCGAGCAAAUUGAUCGAUACUUCUAUUAUACGAAACCUCGUGAAGAUGGCUGAGAUCUACCUUUCCAAAACACCUUUGAGCGCGUGUGGGAGUUAUCUGAGCACCUACGUAGUUGCUCACAGAGAUAUUGGACGCCUGGAAAGAAUUUAGCAGUUAAUGAGUCUAUGCAGCGAUUUACAGGUAGAGCGCGAGAGAUUACUACAAUUGGAUGCAAGGCUGCUCCUACUGGGUUUAAAAUAUGGAUGCUAGGCGACUCAGGGUACAUUCUAAACUGGCUGUUCCAUUCAAAAGGUACAGGAAAAGAGGCAGGGCCAUACAAAAUUGACCCCUAGUGGCAGGAGGAAGGGUUUUCAGCAACUGCUGCAGUCGUCCUCCACAUGGCCUGCGAUUACUAUAGGCAUGAGCGUCUCCUACCGCCUGGCAAGCAUAUAAUAUGGCUUGAUAACCUUUUCACGUCUGUUAGGGUCCUAGAGAGACUUCGGCAGGAGGGGAUUGGUGGUGCUGGCACAGUACGA